GCUUGGCCGAGCUCGGAGCACCACGCACACUCUGCGCCGGUACCAUGAGCAGCGAGAGCUGCAGCCUGUCUCCCCAGCUUCAGCACUGCAGCACCACAGCUACUGAAGACACAGCAUGGCGGGGGGAAGGAAAGGACUUGUUGCCCCUCAGAACACUUUUUUGGAAAAUAUUGUCAGACGUUCCAAUGAUACAAAUUUUGUGCUUGGGAAUGCCCAAAUAGUGGACUGGCCUAUUGUAUACAGUAAUGAUGGGUUCUGCAAACUGUCUGGAUACCAUCGAGCAGAGGUUAUGCAAAAAAGCAGUACUUGCAGUUUCAUGUUUGGAGAGUUAACAGAUAAAGAAACAAUUGAAAAAGUACAGCAGACAUUUGAAAACUACGAGAUAAACUCAUUUGAAAUCCUUAUGUACAAAAAGAACAGGACUCCAGUGUGGUUCUUUGUGAAAAUUGCUCCAAUUCGAAAUGAGCAAGACAAGGUGGUACUAUUUCUUUGCACAUUCAGUGAUAUCACAGCGUUCAAACAACCCAUUGAAGAUGAGUCGUCUAAAGGCUGGGGUAAAUUUGCCCGUUUGACAAGAGCCCUUACAAGUAGCAGAGGUGUUCUACAGCAGCUUGCUCCAACUGUACAUAAAGGGGAAAGUGUUCAUAAACAUUCACGGCUGGCUGAGGUAUUACAACUUGGGUCUGAGAUCCUUCCACAGUACAAGCAAGAGGCACCAAAGACUCCACCACAUAUAAUCUUGCAUUACUGCGCAUUCAAAACUUCCUGGGAUUGGAUCAUCCUGAUUCUGACCUUCUACACUGCAAUCAUGGUUCCAUACAAUGUCUCUUUCAAGACUAAGCAGAACAAUGUGACUUGGUUGGUUGUUGACAGCAUAGUUGAUGUAAUCUUCUUAGUAGACAUUGUCCUCAAUUUUCAUACCACCUUCGUUGGACCAGCAGGAGAGGUCAUUUCAGACCCGAAGCUCAUCCGUAUGAAUUAUUUGAAGACUUGGUUUGUAAUAGAUCUCCUCUCCUGUCUGCCGUAUGAUGUCAUCAACGCAUUUGAAAAUGUAGAUGAGGACUGCAAUCAUCAUGCUGUAACCAAAGGCAUCAGCAGUCUCUUCAGCUCCCUCAAAGUUGUUAGGCUUCUUCGCUUGGGCCGAGUAGCUCGGAAGUUGGACCAUUACAUUGAAUAUGGAGCGGCUGUAUUGGUACUGCUUGUGUGUGUUUUUGGGCUUGCAGCACAUUGGCUGGCUUGUAUCUGGUACAGCAUUGGGGAUUAUGAAGUGAUCGAUGAAGAAUUAAACAGGAUCAGAACAGAUAGCUGGCUCUACCAAUUAGGAGAAACCAUAGGAAUGCCGUAUCACUUUAAUACAAGUGGGACGGAAAAAUGGGAAGGUGGACCAAGUAAAGACUCAGUGUACAUUGCCUCACUCUACUUUACAAUGACCAGCCUCACCAGUAUUGGCUUUGGUAAUAUUGCUCCAACAACCGAUGGCGAGAAGAUUUUUGCUGUGGCUAUGAUGAUGAUUGGCUCUCUCCUGUAUGCAACCAUCUUUGGUAACGUGACGACGAUCUUCCAGCAAAUGUACGCGAAUAGCAACAGAUAUCAUGAGAUGUUGAACUGUGUCCGAGAUUUUUUGAAGCUUUAUCAGGUGCCCAAAGGCCUCAGUGAGCGUGUCAUGGACUACAUUGUUUCUACUUGGUCAAUGUCGAAAGGAAUUGAUACAGAAAAGGUUCUAGAAAUUUGCCCAAAGGACAUGCGAGCAGACAUUUGUGUCCACUUAAACCGCAAAGUGUUCAAGGAGCACCCAGCAUUUAGACUUGCAAGCGAUGGCUGUCUCCGGGCUCUGGCAAUAGAGUUUCAAACCAUUCAUAGUGCUCCAGGAGAUUUAAUUUACCAUGCAGGCGAAAGCGUGGACAACCUUUGUUUUGUGGUUUCCGGGUCCUUGGAAGUAAUUCAAGAUGACGAAGUUGUUGCAAUCCUAGGGAAGGGAGAUGUAUUUGGAGAUGUUUUCUGGAAGGAAAAUACCCUUGCGCAGUCAUGCGUCAAUGUUAGAGCCCUGACUUAUUGUGACCUUCAUGUUAUCAAAAGAGAUGCCUUGCAGAAAGUACUGGAAUUUUAUACAGCCUUUUCAAACUCCUUUUCAAGAAACCUUAUCCUAACAUAUAAUCUUAGAAAAAGGAUUGUGUUCAGGAAGAUCAGUGAUGUGAAGCGUGAAGAAGAAGAAAGAAUGAGGAGAAAGAAUGAGGCUCCAUUAAACCUGCCUCCCGACCAUCCUGUACGCAGACUUUUUCAAAGGUUUAGACAACAGAAGGAGGCUCGUUUAGCAGCAGAAAGAUUGAAGGAUGUUAAUGAUAUCGAGAAAGGCAUUGCACAGUUAGAUGGCCAUGUAGCAAAUGCUGCAGCAACAACCAGUGUAGUUACAGUAACUGAAAGUCCAGCAACUCCAGUCCCUUCACAAGUGGUUAGAGCCUCGACAUCAGAGACAUCAGAUCAGGAUAAACUGCAGGCCCCAACAUCUGAGCAAUUUGCAGCUGCUAGACAAUCUGGUGAAUCCAGUAAGCGAAAGGGUUGGUCAAAAUUUAAAGAUUCUACUUCUAAAGCAGAAGACUGGAAUAAAGUGUCAAAGGCAGAAUCGAUGGAGACUUUACCAGAAAGAACUAAAACACAUGAGGAGAUGUCUUUGAGAAAAACAGAUUCAUGUGAUAGUGGUAUCACAAAGAGCGAUCUGAGAUUAGACAACGCAGGAGAAACAAGGAGCCCCCAGGACCGAAGCCCUGUGCAGACGGAGGCAAAGCACACUUUUUAUCCAAUUCCUGAACAAACCCUUCAAGCAACCAUUUUAGAAGUAAAAUGUGAGCUGAAACAGGACAUAAAGUCCCUGAAUAACAAGAUCACCAAUAUUGAAAAACAACUUUCAGAAAUACUGAGAAUAUUAAAUGCAAGAUCCUCAAAUUCGCCACAGGAAAUAUUUGAAAUAUCAAGACCAACAACCCCAGAAUCUGAUAAGGAAGACCAACAGUUCUAGCUGAAGAGCCUUUAAGUGACAAAAAUCAAACAUGGGAAAAUUCAGGUGUCAUUUGCUAAACAUUAUCCAGUUUGAAGAUGAGCUGUCCAGAGUGCUGAAAUGAUGGGACUUAAUUGUGCUUGUUUUCUGAUUUCUGGGAGGAAUGCACAAACACAUGUGCACCUCAUUGACAGAAUGACAGCUGAAGAAAACUACUUUUGUUUUUACUGAUUUUCUACAUUGCAUAUUUUGAUUAAUUUUAAGGACAUAAAAUUACGAACAGUUAUUCUAUAAAUAUCUUUGCAUGUGGCUUAUUAUGACAUUUCAUGGAAAUACUUGCUGAAAAAAUAUUGAUAAUUUAAGAUUCCUUAUUUUGUAGCAUAAUGUCCACAUAGCUCCUCUAUUUAAUUGGGAUAACCAAAGGAACUUUUGGAGUUUUUACAGAUCUGUACUGUGUUUCUUCAGAUUAAAUAUUUAUCACUUUUUUUCUAGAUUAUACACAAAACAUAUCACUUCUUUAUGCUCCAUGUAGCUUUAUUUUUCCCAGGACAUCGAUAUAUUUUUGAUUAUUUAUUAAUUGCAGGAAAGUUACAGCUGAAGACCAACUUCAAUGUUGCUGCUUUGCAGCUUUGGAUUUGGAUCUGCUUCUUGUUCAUAGUAACCUUUGCUUUGUUGAAGCAAUUCAAAUCAAACAGUACACUUUUUUUAAAAAAAAAGUUUUUUUGGACAGAAAUUUCAAAAGUAAAAAUGAUUUGUAAUUUUAGAACAUAGAAGGGUUGUCAGUUGUUUAUGUUCCCUUUCCUGUUGUUUCUGCCUGCAGUCUUCUCAUACCUUGGCUGUGUUUUUUUUAAAAUUGCUCAUUCUCACUUCUAAAGGCACAAAAUUAUGCCAUGUCAUUGUGCUUCUUCCAGAAAAAGUGGUGGAUGCGGGUACAGUUACAACAUUUAAUAGACAUUUAGAUAAGUAUAUGAA